GUAAGCACCUGCAGAAAAGCAGAUUUCAAAGUGAGUGCAUGUACCUUACAUCAUCCUUAUUGUCACCACGACAGUCUUUGGAAGUUUGAAAGAUGGAUAUAUUGUUGGCAUUAAAGACAAAUAUACUAUCAGUUGUAAUGGUUGUCUUAGUGCUGUUAUUGCUGUGGAAGAGUCAAGGAAAGCGGAGUAGUUUCGGACGUCUGCCUCCAGGACCCCCUCCUAGACCACUGCUGGGGAAUUUCUUUCAAUUUGAUGUAAAGGAACCCUACAAGUACUACCUAGAGCUCAGUAAGAAGUAUGGCUCUGUUGCUACCUUCUGGUUGGCAAACACUCCUGUGGUGAUUAUUUCUGGAUAUCAAGCAUUAAAGGACACCAUGAUUGGUCUUGGUGAAGAAUUCAGUGGCAGGGCCCGCUAUCCCCUGAUUAUGAGGGCCACUCUUGGGUAUGGUGUGCUGUCCACCAGCGGCCACCAGUGGAGGGAGAUGCGCAGGUUCACUCUUUUGACACUGAAGAACUUUGGAAUGGGACGCAGGAGCAUUGAGGAAAAAGUCAGGGAGGAGGCCCAGAGUCUUGUAAAAAUGUUUAAAAAAUGUGAAGGAUCUGCUUUCAGCCCUGCAGACAUGCUGUCUAACGCAGUAGCCAAUGUGAUCUGCAGCAUUGUCUUUGGCCAUAGGUUUGAAUUUGAUGAUCCACAGUUUAAGUUUCUCCUUAAGACAGUAAAUUCCUACUUCUUAAUCCUGAACAGCCCUCUUGGACAGAUCUACAAUGUGUUUCCUAGGCUAGUCAGUCUCUUGCCAGGUAAACACCAUCAAUUGUUUAAAGACCUCGGAGAGGCCAGAGAAUACUGUAAACGUCAGGCAAAUGCACGAAUGAAUAAUGUGGAUCCCUCAUGCCCACAGGACUUUAUUGAGGCCUUUUUGUUAAAUAUGGAGGAGGAGAAAAACAAGACUGACACAGAAUAUUAUUUAGACAACUUGAUAUCACUGAUAUGGAACAUGUUCAGUGCUGGCACAGAAACCACAUCAUCCACCCUCAGACACGCUCUGCUUCUGAUGAUGAAGCACCCAAGUGUCCAAGGGCGCGUUCAAAAGGAACUUGAUGAGGUUGUAGGACAGGAACGUUGGGUCUCCAUAGAAGACAGACAGAACCUGCCGUACACAGAUGCUGUAAUCCAUGAGGUCCAACGCAGCAUGGACCUCGCUCCCAUCGCUGUACCACACAUGAUGAUGUGCGACACUGAAUUCAAUGGCUAUGUCAUUCCUAAGGGAACAACGGUUUAUCCACUGCUAUCCUCUGUGCUUACUGACCCAAAUCUGUGGAAGAACCCACAUUGCUUCGACCCAGAAAACUUCCUGGAUGCAAAUGGCCGAUUCAAGAAGAAUGAUGCAUUUGUUGUAUUCGGCAUGGGGAAGCGUGCAUGUCUUGGCGAGGCUCUGGCCCGAAUAGAACUCUUCUUUUUUUUUACUUCCCUCCUCCAACAUUUCACCUUCAAAUCCAUGGUGCCACCAGAGGAGCUCGAUACAACCCCAACUAACUGCAGCUUUGGCCGCAUGCCCCUUAUAUACGAGUGCUAUGCCAUUCCCAGAGCAUAGAGGGCACAAGAGUCCACAACGUUCACAUGUAAUGAUUUAUUGUUGAGCAGUGUUCCUGGAGGCCACCCAACACUGCUCAUUUUGGAUGUCUUCCUAAUUAAACACAACUGAUUGAACUCAUCAGCUCGUUUGUAGAGGCUCCAUGACCUCCUUCAUGAAUGGGUCAGAUAAGGGAAUUUUUGUGCCACUAGCGCCACCAAACGGAAUUGCAAAAAUUGACAUGGUUUUCAAAGCAACUUUGAGAAUGCGCCCCCCAUACUGUGUUGAUCGAACAAACAGUCAGCCUAUAAAGAACACAACAGAACCUAAAUUUAAAGAGAAAGAGAGAGAGAGAGAGAGAGAGAGAGAGAGAGAGAGAGAGAGAGAGAGAGAGAGAGAGAGAGAGAGAAAAUCAACAUAUUCCAAGGCCUGUUUGAUGCUUUAAUGGAAAUAAAUAAAUGUAUCCCAAAUUUCA